UGUGUCAGUUGUUUAUUUUUCUUCUGUUUUUAGCGGUUGUGCCAUGCCCACUCCGGAGAGGAGAGGAGGGAGGCGUUAAAGAGAGAGAGAAGUUUCCUUCGCUCCCGCCAGUGCACACAGUAGCCGGCUGCCCUCCCACCAAAAUGGCACGUUUCCAUGCAUGUGCCGCCUGUGUGCAUGCCUCCGCGCAACGCCACAUCUGAACCCAACAUACGAAUCGAGCCAUGGCUGAAUUUGGGCAGAACAAGCGCGCUGGUCCACCGGUUGCUGCUGCUGCUGCGUGGAAGGCAUCGCCAGGCGGAGCCGUAGGGACCCCGGAGACGCGCGGAGGAGCAGAGCCGGUGUCUAACGGUAAUUGCAACCAGCCAGACCCGACCAAAAGGGCGCAAAGGGGGUCCAGCUGUGAGUCCCCUACGUGGGAGGGCUCGGAGUCAGCCACUAAAGCAAUACCUCGACGCAGCAGUCUCAUUAAGGAUGGCUCACGGGUGGGUCGAGAUAGGAAGAAGACCGUGUCCUUCAGCAGCAGCCUAUCAGAGAAGAAGAUCAGCGGUGCGGCCGACUGUAUCCACUCGAUGGUGGAAGGCAGCGAGUUGAAGAAAGUGCGGCCCAACUCUCGCGUGUACCAGCGUUACUACCUCCUGGACGCAGGACUCCAGGCUCUGUGCUGGGAGCCCUCCAAGAAGGAGUCGGACAAAGCCAGGCUUGCGCUGUCCUCCAUCAGAGAGGUACGGACGGGUCGUAACACAGAAACCUUCCGCACCAGUGGCGUUUAUGAGCAGAUUUCGGAGGACUGCGCAUUCUCCAUUAUCUAUGGAGAGCUGUAUGAGAGCUUGGACCUCGUGGCCCACUCAACGGACGUGGCUAAUAUUUGGGUGACGGGCCUCAGGUAUCUGAUGCAGUAUGGCAAACACGCCCUGGACAUGCUCGCCAGCAGACAGCACAGCCUUCGCCUUGGUUGGUUGGAGAAGCUUUUCUGCUCCGCUGCUGGUGAUUUGGACAGUCACGGGGACAUCGAGCAGGGGAUUUGCUUGCAAUCCGCCAUAAAACUCAUUCAGACGGUGAAUCCGGGGGUGAGCUGCAGCAAAGUGGAGCACAGGUUUAAAGAGCUUCAGAGAGGUCGGGCUGAAAGGACGGCUUGUCCUGCGCUCAAUAAUGAAUCAGGAGUAAAAGACCAAAGUCAGGUCAAAGCUCCAUUGAGGGAAAGUGAGAGGGUCACCAAACAGGAGUUUAUCGAGGUCUUCCAUGACUUCUGCACACGUCCGGAGAUUUACUUUCUCUUGGUGCAGUUCUCCAGCAACAAGGAAUUUCUGGACACCAAAGACUUGACACGGUUUCUCGAGGCUGAGCAAGGUGUGGCUCAGGUGACAGAAGAAGACAGCCUGAGGCUCAUCCAGUCCCACGAGCCAUCAGACGAGGGACGGCUGCAGGGCUACCUGUCGAUGGACGGCUUCAACAGCUACCUGACGUCGGCGGAGUGCCACCUCUUUGACAGGGAACACGACAGUGUGUGCCAGGACAUGUCCCAACCUUUGUCUCACUACUUCAUCAACUCCUCUCACAACACCUACCUCAUUGAGGACCAAUAUAAAGGGCCCUCGGAUGUUUCCGGCUACAUCCGAGCGCUCAAGAUGGGCUGUCGGUGUGUGGAAGUGGAUGUUUGGGAUGGCCCCGAUGAGGAGCCUGUGGUGUGUACCGGACACACCCUUUGCCCUCCUCUUUCCCUUCGCAACGUGUUGGAAGUAAUCGGACGCUUUGCAUUUGUUGCGUCUGAUUAUCCGUUGAUUGUGUGCAUGGAGAACCACUGUUCACUUCGCCAGCAGAAGGUGAUGAUGCAGCAUCUCGUGAGGACACUCGGCGAGAGGCUCUUUACACACCCUCCAGACCAGAGGGAGUCAUACCUGCCCUCACCACAAACCUUAAGGCAUCGGAUUGUCUUGAAGGGGAAGAAGUUAAAGCCGGGUUGGGAGACAGAGGACGGGGAAGUCAGCGAGGAGGAUGAAGGAGCUGAGAUGUGUGAAAGGAUGAAGGCAGCUAGUAAUGGAGGGGCAGCACCUGGAGGCAGUGACAAAGACACACCAAAGAGAGGCGUCACUCCAACAGUUGCCACUCAGUGCAGUCCUCCUCAUCUUCCUCACAAACGCAUCCAACUGUUGAAGGAGCUGUCAGACCUUGUGACUCUGUGCCAGUCGGUCCACUUUGUCGACUUCCCAACAUCAACCAGAAGCCAAAGACCCUGGGAACUGUGCUCCUUUCAUGAGAAACGGGCCGAGGGUCUCGCUGGCGAGAGCCCCGGCAACUUUGUCGACCACAACAAACGCUUCCUGUCACGAGUAUACCCCAGCCCCAUGCGCAUCGACUCCAGCAACAUGAACCCUCAGGACCUGUGGAAAUGUGGCUGCCAGAUUGUGUCUAUGAAUUUCCAGUCUGCUGGACUGAUGAUGGACCUGAACACAGCCUGGUUCCGGCAGAAUGGAAACUGCGGUUACGUUCUGCGGCCUGCCAUCAUGCGGCAGGAGGUAUCGUAUUUCUGUGCAGACACCAGAGACACUGUGCCCGGGGUGUCCCCGCAGCUUCUCCAUGUGAAGGUAAUCAGCGGACAGAACCUUCCCAAGCCGAGGGGUUCUGGCACCAAAGGGGAUGUGGUGGACCCUUAUGUGUAUGUGGAGAUCCACGGCAUCCCUGCUGACUGCACGGAACGCCGCACAAGGACCGUCACCCAAAGCUGGGACAAUCCGGUCUUUGACGAGAGUUUCGAGUUCCAGAUCAACCUGCCGGAGCUCGCCAUGGUUCGCUUUGUGGUGCUGGAUGAUGACUUUAUAGGAGAUGAGUUCAUAGGUCAGUACACCAUCCCUCUGGAGUGUCUCCAACCCGGGUACCGACAUGUCCCACUUCAGUCUCUAACCGGGGAGGAUCUUCCCCACGCCAAGCUCUUCGUCCACGUGGCUCUAACCAAUCGUAGAGGAGGGGGGAAGCCUCACAAAAGGGGUCUGUCUGUGCGGAAAGCCCGGAAAGGGCGGGACUACACGGCUCUAAGAGACCUGAGAAUCCGGUCUGUAGAUGAUGUUUUCAAGAUGGCUGCUCCUCUGCUGAGAGACGCCACGGACUUGAGGGAAAACAUGCAGAACUCGGUGGCUGUGUUCAGGGAGCUAUGCGGGGUGUCGGCCGUGUCGAACCUCAUGCAGUGUAUACUAGCACUACGCUCCAGGGUGACAGGACCUGACGGGAUACCAUUACUACUGUUUGACCUUGAGAAGCACUAUCCUACCCUGGAGCCGCAGGGACCCCUGCCUGAUGUCCUUCGCCGUGUUGUCUCCACAUAUGAAAUGAUGGUGCAGGCCAGCAGAUCCGUGCUGGAGCUCUCAGAUGGUAUUUAUGAGAAGAUUCUGCACAUCCAGAUGAUGGCCAUGAUGUUCCAUGAGAAGCUGCAGAGCCUGGCGGCAAAGGAGGGGCUGAAAGGUCGCAAGGUGGGUCGAGCGGUGGAAAGCUUCAGCUGGAACAUCACCAUCCUUAAGGGUCAAGCUGAUCUGCUCACUCACGCCAAGGCUGAAGUCCAGGAGAACAUGAAGCAGGUACACGACGCCGCUCUCACCGGCAACCUCACUCGGGAGGGUCUAGGAGCUACGAGAGCACGCUCGCAGUCACGACAAAGCGAGCAGUGCCACGAGUGUGUGAGGACCGAUGGCGGAGAAUGAGACCGGACUCGACCCAAAUGCCUUCAUAGGUUUCACGUGUCUGUCUCGUCUGUCCGUGUGCAAAAAUCGACUCUCACCACACUUGUUGUUGGGUCUACCACAUUCCAAGGAAGAACCAAUUUCAUGCAUCAGCCUCAGAGGAUGUCAACGUGUUUGUUUUAGGUUAUGAGCACAAAUGCCCCGGAGUUCCGCUGUCCCAGUAUUUCUGUCAUUUCACCAUGCUUGUAUGAUCCACAUCCGUGUCAGCCGUGGUGCAAUUCUCCUUAUCCAAUCACCAUUAAAAACCCACUAAAUAUUGUUGUCUUAAACCAAUCUCUCUGUGAGAUGAAUCAUUUCUGUGUUUCGUCGCAUCUGCCUCGCGUGUGUUCUGCUUCCUUCACGUGCAAAGUAUUGUACAGUAUUUUAAUAUCGCUCUUGGUUUUUGUUGUAAACGAAUAUUUUACACAAGUUGCAACAUUCUUGGUCCAUGUGUGCAGUAAUUGUGCAUCGGCGAGCACCUUCCUUGCAAGGGAAGAUGAAAAUAAAAGUAGUUUUUAAAAAGAGAUGCCUACGUGAAUU